GACCAUGGACUUGCUUAUUAUUCUCUGUUUCUUUGCAUCACAAGGACACUUCUUAGGAAAAGGAAAAACAAGAAAGAGUUAAUUAUAGUUUGAAUCCAAACAAGGAACAAGCAAGAGGAAGAUAGAGAGAGAAAGCAAGAGGAAGGUAGAGUGAGAAGAGGAUCAAUGGCAGCCCAACUGGUAAACCCAGCAGCAGCCACCAUUGCUGCACCUCCAUUCUCAACAACAAGACUGAAGGAGAAGAUGAAGAAGAAGGACAACAACUCUGUUCCUUAUUUGGGCUUCCAGAGGGCCUGGGCUUUUCAUCAUCAAGGCCCACUUGAUGGCCUUCAUCGCAGGUCUAUUACCCUACUGAGCUUGGGAAGUGCAGUGGCGGAGUUGAUGAUGAGCGAGAAGGGCGCAUCGGCGGCUGCCAGACGCCCUCCGCCGCCACCGCCGGCGGAGAAAAAGGAGCCAAAUGCUGGGGGUGUUCAGGCAAAAGUAAUAGCUAGCAAAAAGAGGAAGGAAGCCAUGAAAGAAGCUGUGGCCAGGGAAAGAGAGAGAGGGAAGCCAGUUGGCCCCUAAUUAAUUAAUUGAUUUACUAGCCUUACAUAUUUAUAUGUAUAAUUUUGUUUUUUUAAUAAAUGAGCAAACUCUUUUAUUCAUUUUAAUUAUAUGUGCAACUAUUUUAAUACAAUUUGUUUCUUCCUUUGGUCCA